CUGCGUAGGUCCACUUCUGUGCGAUGCAUAUUCGUUUAAAACUGAUGCUUCGCUGCAAAAGCUUCUUGAACUACUCAACACUACAGAACACAUUUAUGUGUACAAUACAUCCUCCUACGCCCCGUGCAAGUACUAUGAUAAACUAUUCCUGAACAGGUCCCAUUACGAGUUCGAGCUCACUGUAAUGACGUGCCCAGUGAAGAAACAGAACCUUUCUGCAGAACUAAGCGAGGACCCCUUUUUUCCGACGGCGCCUGACAUGACAGUAUCACAAUGGAAUGGAGAAAAAAAUGUAAUACUGACUCUCAUUCAUUACGACCCAAAAGGAAAAUGUGGGGUAUUUACUUACUUGGACUAUUUUGAUAAAAGGCACUUUGAAUUACAUGUGAGAAAAAGCCAGCUAACAGACAAAAACGACGGGCGCCUUGAGUUUCACAAAUGUUUCAGAAAGUUGAAUGAAGCACGUGGCCGCAACAAUGAUCCUGUAUACGACUAUUGCUACAUUCGGGGCAACAGAGGUAGAUAGGCGAAGAGAUAAGAAA